GCAGUCAGUAGUAGUCUUCUAUAACUUUCCAGAAGCAAUUCGGGCAGUUGGAUUCCUCCAAGCCAGACCCAAUCAAUCAACAGUCCUUUGCUUGGUAUUCGAGAGAACUAGUGAAACUUUCUGUGUUGCUCUUCUGAUUCAACAAUGGCGACUUUGAUGCAGAAAAUCAAAGACAUCGAGGAUGAGAUGGCAAGGACCCAAAAGAACAAAGCCACUGCCCAUCACCUUGGUUUGCUCAAGGCUAAGCUUGCUAAGCUACGGAGGGAACUUAUUGCACCUCCGUCCAAAGGAGGUGGUGGUGCUGGAGAAGGUUUUGACGUUACAAAAAGUGGUGAUGCAAGAGUUGGUCUAGUGGGUUUCCCUUCUGUUGGGAAAUCUACACUUCUAAAUAAGUUAACUGGGACUUUUUCAGAGGUUGCUUCCUAUGAAUUCACUACCUUGACUUGCAUCCCUGGUGUGAUCAUGUAUCGAGGAGCCAAAAUCCAGUUGUUGGAUCUUCCUGGUAUUAUUGAGGGUGCUAAAGAUGGAAAGGGUAGAGGGAGGCAGGUCAUCAGUACUGCUAGGACGUGCAAUUGUAUUCUAAUUGUUCUUGAUGCAAUAAAGCCGAUAACUCACAAACGGUUGAUAGAGAAAGAGCUUGAGGGAUUCGGCAUAAGGUUAAACAAGGAACCCCCAAAUUUGACGUUCAGGAGGAAAGACAAGGGUGGAAUUAAUUUCACAUCAACAGUUACCAACACACAUCUGGACCUUGAUACUGUGAAGGCAAUAUGUAGUGAAUACAGAAUACAUAAUGCUGAUGUUAAUCUUAGGUACGAUGCAACUGCUGAUGACCUCAUAGAUAUCAUUGAGGGCAGUAGGGUAUAUAUGCCUUGCAUCUAUGUUGUAAACAAGAUUGAUCAGAUAACACUAGAAGAGCUGGAGAUUCUGGAUAAACUUCCUCAUUAUUGUCCGAUCAGUGCUCACUUGGAAUGGAACCUUGAUGGUCUGCUGGACAAGAUAUGGGAGUAUCUCAAUUUAACUCGAAUAUACACAAAGCCCAAGGGGAUGAAUCCAGAUUACGAGGACCCAGUAAUCCUGUCAUCUAAAAAGAAGACAGUCGAGGACUUCUGCAACCGAAUUCACAAGGAUAUGCUUAAACAAUUUAAGUAUGCACUGGUUUGGGGUUCAAGCGCGAAACACAAGCCCCAAAGAGUAGGCAAGGAGCAUGAACUUGAAGAUGAAGACGUUGUGCAGAUCAUCAAAAAGGUGUGAUUACAAAAUCUGCAAUUUCACAUUAGAUGGUGUUGAAUUUUGCGAGGAAUAUAUGUGGUGGUGAGUAGAGCUUUCCUGAUUUUGCUAAGCUUCGCUGUCAAUGUUUUCCAUCUUUCUUCGAGGAUAGUUAGGUUGAAGAAAAGACGGAAUGAUGAGUAAUUAAGUCAUUUUGUGUUCAAAUUAUUAAGUGGUAAUAUAUAUAUCUCCGGACCUUGUUUCUUGAGAUAGGUUUUUUUUAUGUGACAGGAUGUAAGGUUAAAAUAUAACUCUGGUUUGAAGAACAUUUUGAACAAAGUUAAUGAUGUGGCUUCUUUUUCGCUUAAAAA